AUGAGCUCCUUAGCUAGAAGAGUAGGUUUAGCUCUGCUAGAUAAAAUAAGUUUCAUGUUAUAAACAAGAAAUUAGCAAAGCUAAGAUAGGAUAAAGCAGUAAUCUACUUAACCAAGUUCAAUGAUAAAGAAAAUAUUGAGCUACACUCCCUAACAUGAAGAUUUUUAUUAUGAGUGGUCUAAUUAUUAAGCCAAUUUAUCCAAGGAAUCAAAUUAAAUAUUAGAAAGAAAGCCAAGUAUUCAAAGAGACACAUCAUUAAGACUUGAUGGCUUUGAACAAGUGUUUUAUAAAUUGGCAAAAACUCCUCAAAAUCAAAAUUUUCAUGAUUCCAGAAGUAAUGAUAUGACAAGAGAUAGUCAGUUUAGUUACUCGCCAGCUAAUAGCAAAACAAACCUAUCAAAGAAAAACAAGUUCAGCUUUGAUAACUCAUCUGAUCAAGAUUUUCAAAAUAUUUCAUAAUUUGAAGUAUAACAAGAUGCUUCCACCAAUAGUGAAAAAGAAUUUUUAAUCAUUUAAAAUCCCAGAUCCAAAGAAAAGUAUACAGCUAAGAAAUCUAUAAGCAAGUAUCAGUGA